AUGACCUGUUUAGAUUUUACCGCAAGUCAGGACGACAAUCGGGAGAAACCACCCUUCAUCUGCGACGUCUGCAACCGGAGUUUCGCCCGGAAGAACGCGCGCACUUCGCACGUGAGGAUCCACGCCCGGACGGGCUACGAGUGCACGGACUGCGGCCGCCGCUUCUCGAACUCGUCCCACCUGUCUCGUCACCGGAGGGUCCACCUCGAGGACUCGGAGUGGUUCGUGUGCCCCGAGUGCUGGGCGGGCUUCGCCAGGAAGGACGUGAUGCAGCGGCACAUGCUCUCGCACACCGGGGAGAGGCCCUACGCGUGUCGCGUCUGCGGCGACGUGUUCACCCAGCGCGUGAGUGCCAGGAGGCACGAGAAGAACUCUCACGGCGUAGAGUGA